UAAAGGAUUGGUGGACAAUGCCGGAUUUUAAGCGCCCACUUGGGAGCGUCCCAAGACUUCUAUUUUUGCGUCUAUACCUUUUGAGUGAUCCCCUCUUUAUUGUUGAAUCUAUUAUAUUGAGCUACUGUCCCAUUCUUUGCAUAAUACAUACAACACAUCUUCCCCGUCCCUUCAUCUCACUCCUAUAUCGGCAAUAUAUAAGGCUUUGUGAUAUGGCUUUCCAAUAAAUUGAUACUGCGCACUGAAAAAAGCUGCUGCUGGCCGGCAUUUUACCCUCUUUGGCAUAUGGUUAUCACCUGUUCUUGAUUACUAGAAUUUUACGCCCCGGCCU